AUGAAUGACAUUGAUAGCUCGUUCAGAGAGCAGCAAAAGCUGGAAGAUGCUGUCACCUUCAAGGCGAUGAUCAUUCAGCUAUGUAUUAAUUUAUUCUUCACCGUAUCAGUCCUGAUUCUAUUCAGUUGGUUGAGGCCGAGACACGCCUUUAUAUACGCACCCAAGACAAAAUUGUCUAAAUCAGAUCUAAGAAGGCCUGAAAGACUGGGCCCAGGAUGGUUUGAUUGGAUAAAGCCUGUGUUCAAAAUCAAGGAUGAUGCUCUGCUGCAAAACAUUGGAUUUGAUGGAUUUGUAUUCAUCUACUUUACAAGGAUGCUUCGACAACUGAUCAUUGUGUUGACUAUCAUAUCUAUGUUUGUGUUUGUUCCAGUCAAUAUUUUAGCAACAUACAAUACCGGUGAUUGGCCACCAGCCCCCGGUUUAGACUUUAUGUCAAUUUCAGCAAUGAAUUAUCAGUACGGAAAAGAGAGCAAAAAGACAAAUACGCUGUGGUAUUGGUCGCCCACGGUUGCAACUUGGCUUUUUUCGGCCAUAGUCGUCUUGCAGCUAUGCAGAUCGUCCGAGCUCUUCCUUCGAUUUUGUCGAAAGUACUACACACAGCAGGAAGCCAAAGUAAAAACACAGCUUUCAUCCAUGUCAGCGACGGAAUUAUUACAACAUCAAAAGGACGACUUGAUACAUAGAACACUACUCGUUCAUUUCAGCUCUUUGUCAAAAGCGCCGCCUCGAAGAUCCAGCAGUAAUGUGAUCUAUACCCCCAAUGUGGAAAUGAAAAAGGCUGUCGAAGCUACUUCAAAAUUGCCUUGUCAGCAGGUGCUUACUGGGAAAUACAACACUCGGCUUUAUUUGCUUGUCAAUGACUACAAUCGUAUCAUUAAAUCCCUGGAGCGAGUGAUGAACAGAUAUAUGUCUUUGGUCAAACAGGAGCAAUUCAAACAUAAGAAUCUCGAUUCAGAAGAAUUGGCAAUGGCAAUCUCUAAAUUGAAGAGACCCACGAUUCGACUCAACUGGAGAUCAAGAAAGACCGAUGCAAUCAACUAUUAUACUGAACGUGCUCUCUCAUUAGGCACAGCCAUCAAACGAAGCAGAUCCAGAUUACAAAACUGCAACUAUGGAUGGGCUGUGUAUCCCAGUGUAUCGGCAGCACACAAAGCAUUCAUCUCUAUGCAAGAAAACAUGGCGCGACAACACAAGGUUGGAGCAACUGUAGAUACACGGCAAUGUGUCAGAUUACGACUAGCCCCACAACCUGAAGAUAUUAUUUGGCCCAAUAUGAACAUUGAACGACACACUGCAGAGCUAAAGCGAUGGUUUGGAUACGGUCUCUUCUUUUCUAUCCUCUUUGUGUGGGGAAUUCCUAUUGCUUUGUUGGCUGUCAGUUCGAAUUUGAUCAACUUCAUUCGAUUGUUCAAGGAAUCCAACAAAAUUAUCAAAAAUAAUCAGCUGCUUAUGGGGUUGAUCCAAUCCUAUCUCACACCACUGUUGAUGGUUCUUUUCCAUGUGGGAUUAUCUGAACUGCUUGGACUAGUAUCUCGACAGCAAGCAUACAAAACCAACACAGUAGUCGAACAAAAGAUUAUAUGGAAGUUCUACAUGUUCUUUGUAGUCAACAAUCUGAUGGUAUUUACGCUCGUCAACAUUAUGCUGGGCAUUGUAGGUCAGAUUACUGCAUUGACCUUGGUUGGAACUCUGCAUAGCAAAAGCUUUUCGGAUUACAUUGUGCAAAUCGCAAAGAACAUGUCUGACGUGUCUUCAUUUUGGAUCAACUAUGUCUGUCUGCGUUCUGUUGGUGUUGUAUUUGAUUUGCUCCAAGUGGCGCCGUUGUUCUUUAUUGUUUUGUUACCGAAUCGUUAUGCGGGAAGCUACAGAUACACGCCUCGUCAGUUGGACAAUCUGAUAGGAUCUCCUCCUCCUUUCCAGUACGCUAAAAAUUAUGGACUCAUUAUCUCUUUUUUCACUGCUGCUCUGGUUUACUCGGUUAUUGCUCCUAUUGUACUGCCGUUUGCUUUGGUCUAUUUUGGACUAGCCACUACUACCUUCAAAUACAAGCUGAUGUAUAUUUACGUUACGAAAACCGAAACGUACGGAAGAAUAUGGCCCCUGUUAUAUCGUAUCGUCAUGCUUUCUCUGAUUGUAUUCCAAGCUAUGAUGAUCUUGAUAUUAAGCUUGAAGGCUGGUAUGGAUCAGAUAUACAUACUUAUUCCGCUACCUUUUAUCACGUUUAUCAUCAAUCUGUUGUAUUUAAAGCGUCUCAAAAGGAACGAAAAGCCCAAGACCUGGGUGGAUCUGAAUGCCAGCGUGGAUGGGCCAUCAAACACAGAACAGUCAUCGCCAGAUGAGGGUGUCGAACUUUAUGUAAUGGCAUCGCAGAACAGUACAAACGCGACUCCAGAAAGUAUGAUUGACCGUGAUGCCCAGCUUAUCAGCAGUAUUUAUCUGGACCCUUGUAUACAUGAACCGUUAUGGAAGCCAAUGAUCUACGAUGAUAUCAAACAAAUUAUUCCCCUGGUAUACAAAGAUCAUCCACAACAAGAACGCAUCACCCAAACUCUUUACAGCUUUGAAGAUAACCUUCAAAGUAUGGAUACUACUACACUGCAAACACCAACCUCAGAAACUGCAACUUCAACUACGAACUUAAUAUCAAUACAGGAUGUUCAAGUCUGCGAAAAGCAGCUUCAAGUGCAGAAUCAGGAAUACCAUCCACAACCUCCACCAUCCAUUAACCCAGACAUCCCAUUUUAUUUUCAAGAAAGUGAAGACUUGGGUGUUGGCAGUAGCUCCAGCAACUAUUAUGUUACUAAUCACCUUCACCCAUUCACAGAUGAAAUGAAUACAAUAACACCUACUGCACCUACGUUAGAAGAGAUGUUGAAAAACGACCAUGUCGAUAGCAUAAUGGAUAUGGAUGUAUCUUCUCCCUCGCCCUCGUCUCCUGUAUAUAUACCCACUGCACCACCCACCUAUGCUGAUGUUGUUUUGCCUCGUGUAAAUGUUAUCAAAACCGUAACAAGACAAAAACAACCAAGAAGACAUUCUACUUGA